CGUUUAUCCUGUGAAGUGUGGGACUGUGGUGUGGUCUGUCAUCCACAACCCUCCACCCAAAGCAAACAUCCCAAAAACAAGAAUAAAAAAAUAUUAAGCAAAAAAUAGAAAAAUAAAAACAAAGAAACCAUCAUUCCUCACUCAAACCCCUUCACCAACCACAGACACACACAGAGUAAGAGAGCAGCAACAAUGCUGCUUCAGUUUCCUCUUCUAAUCCUAAUCCUAAUAACAACACUAACCACUUCCAUUUCCUUUUCAACACCACUUUCUUACUUCCAACACCUAAAUGUAGAAAACGCAAUCUCAGAAACAAAACUUAAACCACUCAAACAACAAAACCAUAAUACCCAACAACCUCAAUGGAAAACAAAACUGUUUCACAGAGACAACAUAAACCUCAAAAAAACCACCCACAAAACACGCUUCAUCUCACGUAUCAACAGAGACAUAAAAAGAGUAACAUUCCUCCUUAACCGUCUCAACAAAAACACACAAGAACAACAAACAACAACAGCAACAGAAGCUAGUUUUGGAUCUGAUGUAGUUUCAGGUACUGAAGAAGGAAGUGGUGAAUAUUUUGUUAGAAUAGGAAUUGGUAGUCCUGCUAUUUAUCAGUAUAUGGUGAUAGAUUCAGGAAGUGAUAUUGUUUGGAUUCAAUGUGAACCUUGUGAUCAAUGUUAUAAUCAAACUGAUCCUAUUUUUAACCCUGCUACUUCUGCUUCGUUUAUUGGGGUGGCUUGUUCUUCUAAUGUUUGUAAUCAGCUUGAUGAUGAUGUUGCUUGCCGGAAAGGGAGGUGUGGAUAUCAAGUUGCAUAUGGUGAUGGGUCGUAUACCAAAGGGACGCUUGCCCUUGAAACCAUAACCAUCGGGCGCACCGUUAUCCAGGACACUGCAAUUGGGUGCGGACAUUGGAAUGAGGGAAUGUUUGUUGGAGCAGCUGGGUUGUUAGGCCUCGGAGGUGGACCUAUGUCGUUCGUGGGCCAAUUGGGAGCCCAAACCGGCGGAGCCUUUGGAUACUGUCUCGUCUCUCGAGGCACUGGAUCAUCCGGUUCACUCGAAUUCGGACGCCAAGCAAUGCCCGUAGGUGCAAUGUGGGUUCCUCUCAUUCAUAACCCAUUCUACCCUAGCUUCUACUACGUCUCACUUUCGGGUCUUGCAGUUGGAGGCAUCCGAGUCCCCAUAUCCGAACAAAUUUUUCAGUUAACUGAUAUAGGAACCGGAGGAGUUGUCAUGGACACCGGCACAGCCAUUACCAGGUUACCCACUGUUGCCUACAAUGCUUUUCGCGAUGCAUUUAUUGCUCAGACAACAAAUUUGCCACGUGCUCCCGGAGUUUCUAUUUUUGACACGUGUUAUGACUUGAACGGUUUUGUGACCGUUCGAGUUCCAACAGUGUCGUUUUAUUUUUCAGGUGGUCAAAUCUUAACCUUUCCCGCCAGGAAUUUUUUGAUCCCGGCCGAUGAUGUCGGAACUUUCUGUUUUGCAUUUGCUCCUUCACCUUCUGGUCUUUCCAUUAUAGGGAACAUUCAGCAAGAAGGGAUUCAGGUUUCUAUCGAUGGAACUAAUGGUUUUGUAGGAUUUGGACCCAAUGUGUGUUGAAGAAAACAUUGUAUUGUAUACCAAUCAAACAAUCUAGAAUUUUGGUAGUAUAUGUAAUGUCACGUAUUGUAUUAACACAUUUAUUAUAUAUUAUGUAUAUUUGCAUGUAGGAGAAAUAGAAUAA